AUGCUUUGGGGAAUUAUUCAUUCCAACAGCAGCCUUUUCCUCCUUCGCCAUCUCCAGACUCUAAUCCUCUCAUUGGACAAUGAUUUCAGAGGCUCCACCAUUCCCCCUGAAUUUGGUACGCUUACAGAUUUGUUGCACCUUGAAGUCUGGUCUGCUAAUUUUGCAGGGGAUAUACCACUCGAAAUAUCCUACCUAUCUAAGCUUCAAACACUUGAAGUUUAUAGUGGAAAUCAACAACUGAGACUAAACACAUCUACCUCUAAAAGAAUUGUCACAAACCUAACCAACCUCCAAAACCUCACUCUGGCUGAUGUUGAUAUGUCUCGUAUUGAUCUUUGCUUCUUUGAUGAAUUUGUCAUCUUCUUUGAUAUCCCUUUGCUCUUUUACUGUGGGCUGCAAGGGAAUUCACCCAAUACCAUUUUCCACCUACCAAAACUCGAAAUCCUUUACUUAAAUUCUCUACCUAAAUAUAACUGGAGCUAUUCACUCAGGAUAUUGGAUCUUUCUGGAACAAAUUUCUCAAUAGAUAUACUUGAUCCAACUAGAAAUUUGAAGUCAUUGGACGGAUUGUACCUUAGCAACUGCAGUUCUAUCUAUUCCAAACACUCGGCAAACCAUAGCAUUUUGCCUAAUUUAUAUUCUCUGUAUUAUCUUAAUCUUUCUCACAAUUUUCUGACAAAUAUAGAGAGAAUUCCAUGGAAAAACCUGCAAUUUCUCGAUCUUCACUCCAACAUCCUUCAUAGACAUCUUCCAAUUCCACCACCAUCCGUUGAAGUCUUUUCUAUAUCACACAAUCAACUGAUGGGGGAGGUACCUUCACUGAUUUGCAACCUUAGUUCCCUUGAAGUUCUUGAUUUGGCUAAUAAUGGUUUGAGUGGGAAACUGCCUCCAUGUAUUGGAAAUUUAAGUGGCAGUCUCUCAGUUUUGGAUAUACGAAUGAAUAAGUUUCAUGGAACAAUUCCUAGAAAAGUAUUUGCAAAGGAAAACAUACUAAGGAAUCUGAACUUGAAUGGAAAUGAAUUUGAAGGUUCAUUGCCGCGAUCUUUGCUCAACUGUAAGAAGUUGGAGGUUUUGGACAUUGGAAACAACCAUAUAAAUGGUAUGUUUCCCCACUGGUUGGAGUCUCUUCCAAUGCUGCAGGUUCUUAUUUUGAGAUCCAACAAAUUUUAUGGCUCCAUUGCUAAUCCCAUGGCUCGAUUUCCUUUCAGAAAGUUGCGGAUUUUGGACCUGGCCAACAAUGAGUUCAGUGGUAAAUUGCCAGUAAAAUAUUUUGGAAGUUUGAUGGCAAUGAUGGAAGCAAAUACCACUAAAUUGGAAUAUAUGGGAGAAAACUAUUACCAAGAUUCUGUAUCUGUGGAGAUGAAAGGCAUCUUUAUUGAACUAGUGAAAAUUCAAACUAUUUUCACUACCAUUGAUCUCUUCAGAAAUAAUUUUGAGGGAGAGAUUUUGAAAUUGCUUGGGAACCUCAGAUCACUCAAAGGCCUUAACUUUUCUCAUAAUAAAUUGAUGGGUUCUAUUCCUCCAUCGUUUGCAAACCUAAGCGGACUUGAAUGGUUAGACCUCUCCUCAAAUCAGUUUGUUGGUGGGAUUCCUCAACAAUUGGCAAAUAGAUUGGUUGGACCAAUUCCUCGAGGGAACCACUUUGAGACAUUCGACAGUACCUCCAAUAUUGAUGAGGCACAUCAAGAAGGUGAUGUGCAUGAGCAAACAAAUGAGUUUGACCUCUGGAAGAUAGUAGUGAUGGGCUAUGGAUGUGGAGUGGUGAUUGAAAUAUCAAUUGGAUACAUGGUUCUUUCAGAUAGAAGAAUUGCUUUGUUUUUGGGAAAGCUUGGAGGUGAUCGAUGGAUUCAAAGAAUCAGAUGGUGA